AUGCCAUUCGUAAAGAGUGGACUUGUGCAAUUGUUCAAUGCGAUCUCCUAUUAUGGACUGAUGUCAUCUUUUGCGGUGCAGGUUGCUGCGGGAGGCAACUCGGCGAGUGCCUCUCAGGUAAUUCCGAACAUGGUGUGGAGGAGACUCUUUUGUGUUUUGGUACGAUAUGACUUGUCGAUAGAUGCUAACGCUUUCUCCGAUUUUAGUGACUCCGGCGAACAUAUCACCGACAGUCUCGGCAAACUCCAAUACAUUCCAUUCCCAACCUGCAAGGAGACCUCCCUCCCCCUCGCCCUUCGCUACGGUGUUACGGAGACAGUCAAUUGCACCAUUGACAGAGUUUCUGAUGAACUUUACCACCUCCUCGAGUACUAUGUCCACUCUGAUGUGCCGAUGAACUGCCGUGUGCCAACAGCGCCCCUUCUGCCGCCCACAUCUUCAGAUUCGGAUGACAAGGCACAUGAAGGCGAGGCCGUAGGCACCGAGCUUUCUGCUCUGAGUGAGGAAGGACCUCCUUAUACUCCAAUCACCUUUGCGCUGCAGGGGACGUUGCAGCGCAGUCAUCUUCAUAUCUGGACAGAUAUGAAUGUACUCAUGCACAACAUCGUCUCGACGCCAAAGAAAAAUAAACGGAAGACCAAGAAAGUGGCGCCGGGAUAUGCUGUGGCCGGUACUGCAUACUCGGUUCCUGAAUUCGAAUUAUCCGUUCUCAACAGCAAGAAGAAGGUUUCCGAUGAAGAGAAGGAGGCAGCUGCCGUGGCUGAGGCUGCCCGUGAGCCUUGGACAGCGGGGCAUGGCACGAAGGUUAUUCGUGAGCAGCCUCUCACCUUCACUUUCCAUGUGAGUUGGGUUGAAGGUGGAGGAGGCAUCGGAUGGCCAUCCCGGGGGUCUGCUGCUAGUGAGUUGACGGGGGGAACAGGUUUCUUCUCGAAACUGUUCUUCUUCGUUCUGGCUGCAUCAUUGGGAGCAGCCAUGGCCUUGUAUUGGGAACGGGCUCGGCGACGGGGCUGGCGAGGCGAUGGGAUCCUCGGUGUACCUUCUCGGGGAAAGGGGUCGGUUGGAGUUGUAUAUGGUAAUGGCGGAAAAUCCAAUGGUUAUGGGGGUUAUUCCGCUAGCAACGUCUCAAUGACGGGGAACGGAGGAGGGUAUGGGUACGGAGGGUUCUCGGCUGGGAAGAAAGAUUAG